UUGUAUUUGUGCCCUGCUUUGUUUUACUUGAGAUUCCAGAAUGCAGCUGUAAGGGAAGCGGCUUAAGACACUUGAGGGGAACAAGAGCACACGGAGAAGAAGCCUUCAGUUCAGCCCCACCUCGUCUGCACAAGCUUGUCAUGCCACGAAGGAGGCCACAAGAAGUUCCUGUCCACGUAUGGAUGGCACUGCUUUCCCUUGUGAUGGUGCAGCUCUGCAUUGCCAUGGUGACAGACCCAAGCAGAACGGCUUACUCCAAAAUGGACUUGGGUGAUCUGGAAGACGACCAUGAAUACAAGCCUACAGAAGCCAAUGUUGAGAGGAGAAAUAGGGGAGAAGAAGGUGAGGAAGAAGAAGGAGGAGGAAGAUUCACAGAGUCAACCUCUCCCCCCUUAAAAUGUCAGCGCUGUUGCGACUUUGGCGAGCAGCUGCCACCUCCACCUCAUCCAUAUCCCUACCCUGCCUACCAGGUGGUGCCCCAGAUCAACAUUACCAUCCUUAAAGGUGAAAAAGGGUCCAGAGGGGAACGAGGCCAUUAUGGCAAAGCAGGGAAAUCUGGGAAUUCAGGUCCUAGGGGUGCAACUGGAAUAAAAGGCAACAAGGGCAGCAUUGGAAUACCAGGAGAGCCCUGCAAGACCUACUACUCUGCCUUCUCUGUGGGGAGGAAGAAGGGACUUCACAGCAACGAGUACUACCAGGUGGUGGUGUUUGACACCGAGUUUGUGAACCUUUACAGGCACUUCAACAUGUUCACGGGCAAGUUCUACUGCUACAUCCCUGGAGUGUACUUCUUCAGCCUGAAUGCGCACACGUGGAACCAGAAGGAAACCUACUUGCAUCUUAUGAAGAACGAGCAGGAGGUGGUCAUCCUGUAUGCACAGCCCAGUGACCGCAGCAUCAUGCAGAGUCAGAGCCUCAUGCUGGAGCUGGAAGAGAAAGAUGAGGUCUGGGUGCGGCUCUUCAAAGGGGAGCGGGAGAACGCCAUCUUCAGUGACGACUUUGACACUUACAUCACUUUCAGUGGCUACCUGAUCAAAGCCAAGACUGAGGUGUAGCUGGAGUAUACGCUCGAGGCAUCUUGCCAUUUUCCUGACCACGUGCAGCUGCAAGCAGUGUAUAGCACUAAGAAAUGCUCUGACAGGGGCUCAACUUCUUAAGAGGUUGCAAGCCAAGCCAUUUUCUCCAAGUAUACAUUGCCACUGCUUGACUCUGCCCUCUGACUGGUGUGAAGGAGAUUGCUGAAUGGCAGAAAGAGCCUGUGAAUGCUUAAGCCGUAUUUACAACUGCUGAUCUUUGACCUUGUUUUAGUUUCCACGGGUGUGUUUUCAAGCAUCUGUUACACGCGGAAUCUCCUCUUUUUAGUUUUGUUCCAGACAACAUAAUCUGAUUCUCCAGCACACUAUAGACAAUUUGAUUUUCUUGAUACUCUGCUGUAGGUGGUGCCAAAGUCAGGCAUCUCUGCAAGGAAGGCCAGUGCACUACAUUUUAAUCUGCCUAUCAUUUAUCAAUUUAUUCAUUUUCUGAAUCUGAAUUUUCCAGAACAUGGCCACGGAGAGCAGUAGCCUAUGCCAACAGAAAUACAGUAGGUGUAAAUCAGGAAAUAGUCUGUGAAGGGGACAUUUAUCUAACACAGGACACACUUAUGCUCCCCAAACCAAAGAGUCACCAAUCUCUAGGUCGUGGCUUUGGUUUAUAGGAAGACAUGGGCAGACUAGCAAGAGGAACAGAGAGCACAUGCAAAAUCCAGCUAGGAGCAGAGCUGGCCUUCUAAGAAUCUAAGGUACCCGACUUGCCGUGCCUUUGAAAUUCCCUUCUGCAGGUCACGCACCUUCAAAUCCACAUUGUCCCGUGAAUAUAAAAGAAGCAAGUUUGGCACAUGAAGAAGACAGGGUGCCCAGUGGGAAUAGGGAGGAUGUGCAUGUUGAAGGCCAAAAGAGCAAAUCUCCCUUACGUUUACGCUAAAACACAUCUGAAACGACUGCUUCUGUUACACAGUAUGGCAGCUAAAUGCAGCCUAAGUACCACCGAUGAGCUAAAUCAAAAUAUUAACCCUUUUGGCCCUGGAUUUUCUGCUUUUAUUGGAAAAAUUCUUUUCUGAGAUAUUUUACUUUUGGGGUGUCUAGGAAGCUGAAAAAUUAGAAAAACAAAAAAACUGUCAAUAUUAUUAUACUAUAGCUGCCAAUACUUCUGUCUUCUUGAGGAAAUAAAAUUGAAAGUGGUACGCAAAGUCUGGAAGCGUCCAUUUUCACUUCUGUGUUUCGCGGAUUGUAUGCCAGUCUCUCCAGUCUGCGCUAACAGUAGCAUGCCCGGUCCCAACGGCUGCAAACGUACCUGUGCUUUACAUAGUUACGCACUAGUAAUAGGAUGUCAGGGCCAAAAGGGCUAAUUCUGUGUUAAGCUGCUGUAAAGGAUGCUUGGCAGUCCAGUUGCCACAGAAAGGAAUGUGGAUGAAGAAGAAGAGACGACUGUGUGGAGCAUCCGGAGGUGCAGAUCCCAGUCCUCAAAUAUCAGAUGUGUGGGGAAAAUUUGACAAAAACGACACUGAAAUGCAGCAAAGCAAAGCAGUCCUCCACUCGACUCCUCAGUUUUUAGGAGUCAAAAAGACACUUUUCUCUGUUUUUCUGGCUGCAUGUCAUACAAAAUGCUUUAUUCUGCCCAUUUUUUUUUUAUCAAAUGCAUUUUAGAAGUGGAAGAAAAUACGGAACACAUGCAGAAAUCAUUAUACAGUGGAAUUUAUUAGGAAAAACACUUUGACCCAUAAGGACUGGACUUAUUCCCAGGAGCCUAAAAAACAUAAAAAUGCGCUUUGGUUUAGUCACCACAGAGCUCUUCCUUUUUAGUAAUUUAGCCAACAAACAUUAUUUCCUGUCAUCUUGAGGAAGCUGUGUCUUCCCACAUAAUUUCCAUUAUCGGUCAAAUCUAUAAUUAUAGUGCAGGGAGCCUGGAUGCAGGCCCGCUGCCAG